UAUUCAGUCGCCCGGGUUGAUCUUCGCAGCUCUUGUCGAUUACCUCGUGCUCAGUCCGGGAGAUGCACUUGCUCAGACGCUUCCAGGGUUCCGUUUGACCCGACUGAGCCAAUCCUUCUUCCUCGAACCCCCGGUUUUACGCGGUUCCCCAUCGAGAAGAUGUUCACGUUCACGCCCCUACUGGGGGCGCAAUCAUCGUCGUCCAAGGCAUCUCAAUCGAUUCUGGAGCUGGAUGGUGGGAUCAAGAUCCUUGUUGAUGUUGGCUGGGACGACACCUUUGAUACUCUCGAUCUAGUCGAGCUGGAGAAACAAAUCCCGACUCUAUCCCUGAUCCUCUUAACACACGCAACACCUGCACAUAUCGGAGCCUUUGCGCAUUGCUGCAAGGUCUUCCCGCUCUUUACACAAAUCCCGGUCUACGCGACCAGUCCUGUCAUCGCCCUCGGCCGCACCCUCCUUCAAGAUCUCUAUGCGUCGUCACCAUUGGCUGCGACAUUCCUACCAAAGGCGUCAAUAUCUGAACCAGGAGCGUCUACGGCGACUGCUUCCACGGCGGCGGCUGCGGACCCAGCCACCGGUGACAGGGAAGCAGGCUCGGCCAACGCCGGGCGGAUUCUCCUCCAGCCGCCUAGUGCGGAGGAAAUCGCAAGAUAUUUCUCCCUCAUACAUCCUCUGAAAUACUCGCAACCACAUCAACCGCUACCGUCUCCGUUUUCGCCGCCCCUCAACGGUCUGACGCUUACGGCCUACAAUGCUGGCCAUACUGUCGGAGGCACAAUAUGGCACAUCCAACACGGGAUGGAGUCCAUCGUGUAUGCUGUCGACUGGAACCAGGCUCGCGAAAGCGUCGUCGCAGGCGCUGCCUGGUUUGGAGGCUCCGGGGCCAGCGGGGCCGAUGUGAUCGAGCAGCUACGCAAACCGACUGCUCUCGUCUGCAGUACCAAGGGGGGUGAUAAAUUUGCAUUGCAUGGCGGACGCAAGAAGCGCGACGAUAUCCUUCUCGAUAUGAUACGGAGCUGUAUCGCUAAAGGAGGCACCGUGUUGAUUCCUACAGAUACCUGCGCGCGAGUGCUGGAGCUGGCGUAUGCGCUGGAGCAUGCAUGGCGCGAGGCUGCAGCCGACGGGGACAAUGACAAUGUGCUGAAAAAUGCUUCACUCUAUCUCGCCGGGCGAAAGGCGAAUACCACAAUGCGGCUCGCCAGAAGCAUGUUGGAGUGGAUGGACGAAAACAUCGUCCGCGAAUUCGAGGCGGCAGAAGGUGGGGAUGCAGCGACCAGAGGCGAUGCGCAACGAAAUGCAGAGAGCCAAGGUGCAGCCAAAGGUGUCGGCCCUUUUACUUUCAAGCACCUGAAAACCGUGGAACGGGAAAAGAAACUGGAGAAGAUCCUUACCGAUCAGACCCCCAAGGUGAUUCUGGCGUCUGACCAGUCGCUGGACUGGGGUUUCGCCAAGGAGUCUUUACGGCUGGUUGCAGAGGGGCCCAACAACUUGCUGCUACUCACGGAGUCCUUCCAUCAAUCUAAGCCCUCGGAGGAUUCCUCCGGCCCAGGCCCUCAGAGAGAGACCCUGGGGCGAAUGAUUUGGCAGUGGUAUGAAGAGCGGAGAGACGGGGUCGCGCUAGAGACCGCCUCGGACGGUGAGCUGCUAGAACAAGUACACGGCGGCGGCAGGGAGCUCUCGUGGACAGAAGUGGAACGCGAGCGUCUUGACGCGGGUGACCAGAUCCUCUACCAACAAUAUCUUGCUACCAAGAGACAGCUCCAAGACACCACCCAAUCCCGGGGCCAGGAGAACUUGGACACCACAGCCGAUCCCCUCGAUGACCGGUCCAGCUCUACCUCCUCUGAGGAUUCCGAGUCCGAACAACAAGGCAGAGCCCUCAAUUUCUCCACCUCCCUGGCUCAUUCCAAUCGAAACAAACUGGGUCUCAGCGAUGCAGACCUAGGGAUCAACGUUCUACUGCGGCGGCAAAACGUGUACGACUACGAUGUGCGUGGGAAAAAGGGCCGCGAACGAAUGUUCCCCUACGUUGCCCCUCGAAAGAGAGGCGAUGAAUACGGCGAAUUCAUCCGACCCGAGGAAUACCUGCGCGCAGAGGAACGUGAGGAAGCCGACCUGCAGCAGCACGCGUCUGACACUCGGGGCGAAAAUAAGCUGGGGCAAAAGCGGCGGUGGGACGAGGCCGGUCCGAACGGGCGCAAGCUCUCCAGUGGCGGACACAAACGCCACCAUGCUGCCCGGGACGGUCUCGCGAAGGACGGCGGUGCGACAGAUGAAGACACCCUCGGUCUUACCGAUAACCUGAGCGACGGCUUUGAUGGUGCCGCGUCGUCGGAUGAGGGGGCCGAGGCGGAUCCCCAGCCCUUUGAAGGUCCCGCCAAGGCGAUCUUCAAGACCGCGACGAUCACCAUCAACGCACGCCUGGCCUUUGUGGACUUUAUGGGCCUGCACGACAAGCGCAGCCUGGAGAUGCUCAUCCCGCUCAUCCAGCCUCGGAAGUUGAUUCUCGUCGGCGGCAUGAAAGAGGAGACAAGCGCGCUGGCAGCGGAGUGUCAGAAGCUGCUCGCCGUCAAGGUAGACGGCGGCAACCAGGAUUCCUCCUCGUCCGCCGACUCAGCUAUCAUCUUCACGCCGGUUAACGGCGAGUCCGUGGACGCCAGCGUCGACACGAACGCCUGGAUGGUCAAGCUGAGCACCAGCCUGGUCCGUCGGCUCAAAUGGCAGCACGUGCGCAAUCUCGGGGUCGUGACCCUAACGGCGCAACUCCGCGGGCCCCAAUCCGACCAACCUGCCGUAUACGAGGAGGAUUUCUCGCCGGCGGACUCGUCGAGCAAGAAUAAGAAGAUGAAGCUGCUGCAGGACGAAGCCGGCACAGCCGCAGCAUCAUCCGCAGCCGCCCCCAUCGACGAGGUCAAGCCCACACCCGACAAGCCGGACGCCUUCCCCACGCUGGACGUCCUCCCCGCCAAUGUCGCGGCUGGCACUCGGUCCAUGACGCGCCCUCUCCACGUAGGCGACCUUCGACUCGCCGAUUUGCGCAAGAUUAUGCAGGCCUCCGGCCACAAGGCUGAGUUCCGCGGCGAAGGUACCCUGCUGAUCGACGGGCUAGUCGCCGUGCGCAAGUCCGGCACGGGCAGGAUCGAGAUCGAGGCCGCAACGCACGCCGCUGCGCCCAAUCAGUUGCCCAUGGGCCAUGCCUCUGGAACGUUCCUCGCGGUCAAGACCAAAAUCUACGAGGGACUUGCCGUUGUGGCGGGGACUUGAGAAGGCCUGGGGGUGGGGGGGGGUUGUUUUUGAUACAAUGAUAUUCAACUAUUCUACAGUGACAAUAAUAUCCGUGUACCUAUACG